AUGGACGAUCUCUACGCCGUUGCGGAUUUUUGUCUGAUUCCAAUCGGUACUGCAAGUGUUUCCGUUGCAGAGGAGGUCGCAGAAUGUCAGAGGAUACUCGCAAAGUCUGGGCUAAAAUACAAGAUGCAUGGAUAUGGGACAAAUCUCGAGGGGCCUUGGACUCAGGUGUCGCAGGCAAUUCAUGAUUGUCAUGCUGCUGUUCACGCAACUGGCGCUCCCCGUGUCGCUACAGACAUACGUAUUGGCACACGUAUCGACCGCCACAUCCCACCAGGCGAAGGAAACGAGGGCAAGGUUAAACGAGUGGAGGAAAUUCUAGCAAAGGAUCAUGAACAAUGA